AUGUCUGAAAACGAAGACUUAAAUGGAGCAAAGCAAGAAUUGGAGAUGAAUGAUAAUUCGAAAGAAGCGAAUAUCAAUAGUACUGGUCUGAAUCAAAGCGGCACUUGUUCAAAUACUACUAGUGCAGCCGCCAGCAACUACAACAAGAAUAACGAUUAUAAUGACUUAGACUGUGAGGACGAGGAUGACGAGGAGGACGAAGACGACAAUGGCCAAAGUAGAAAUGUGCGACAAAAAAGGUCUCUUGUGGUAGAAGGGGAGUGGUACAAUGUUGAACUAAAUAAGGUUGAUGAAGAAGCAAGAAUGGCCCGAUACAUUUGGGAGUGGGUGGAUGCACAAGAAUUUUGGUUGACAGGGGACCCUAUUAGUCAUGAAAAUGAAGAAAAUAAUACCUUCAAAUACAUGUCUUAUGAGGAGUUGUUGUCCAUUAAAGAGCAAUUUGAGAUCAUCGAUAGAGGGAUGCCCGAAGGGGUACUAGAAAUGAUGUUGGAACAAUGUAUAUUUACGGGAAAAAAGGUGGAAGAAAAAGAAUACGGGUUAUGCUGUAUUUGCAAGGAAGCAUACACAUGUGGGAAGAUUGUAAGCAAAUUGGAUUGCGGCCAUAUUUAUCACAAUCUAUGCAUUAAGUUGUGGCUAACGAGGAAUAAUACUUGUCCCAUCUGCAAAGCCAUUGGGGUGAAAUUCUAA